CUGUAUGGGGAAUACAGUGAGCACCCGGGUGGGUCUGGCCGGAGAGAGGCCACCCGACUGCUAACAGAGAGACAAUGGAAGAAACACGACCAUGGUCACCAUCCGCAGCAUCGCCAUGGCCACCAUCACCACGGCCACCACCAUGGCCACCCCCACGGUCACAGACAUGGACACGGGCACCACAGUAGGCACAGGGGUCGGCAUCACUCGGAUGAGGCGGGACAUGCACAUAUGGCUACAGAGCAAGGCAACCCUUUGUCUAUAAAGAAACGCCGCUCCUACUCAAAGUGCAGAGGUGAGGAGUCCAAGCUCAGUAAAGUCGCUGGUGUUAAAUUAACUCUAACAGUGUUAAAGUGAAUCAUGUCUGUCAUGGUGUUUUCUCAGACUGUGUAGCGCGGGUACAGAGGUUCCUGGUCACCAAGCUGGGAGAGGACUGGAUCUUCCUGGUGCUGCUGGGCAUCUCAAUGGCGCUGGUCAGCUGGACCAUGGACUACACCAGCGCCAAGAGUCUACAAUGUACUACAAUACCCACAAUGCAACACACACACACUAAACAAUCCUGUUUUAUGAUGAUGCAAUAUGCUUUUAUAAUGCUUGCAUUCAAGCCACUGAACCGGCAGCUCAUACAGUUGCAUGAAUGCUUUUACAGCAUAAAUAAUUAUCUAACCAGACACCUGGUUGCUUAUUGUCGGAGGGUUAGUGUGAGUGAUUAUCGAAAAGGGUUGCAAAAUAGUUCUGUGGUAACCUGAUAUGCUCAAUUAAACUUGCAAAACAAACAUUGCAAAAUUAUGAAAUUAUGUUUACAGUCAUUACCCAUAUAAGGGAGUUUAGUGAAGUUUGGACCGCUAUUGUUCUAAUUUUAUAUGCUACCUCUCAGUGAUAUUAUUCAUAAACACAGAGUACAUUUUCACUGAUACGUGGAUGAUACACAUCUGUGCAUUGUAAAAAAAUAUUUGUUGAUUCAACUUACAAAUGUUUGUUAACAGGCUACCUUAAAAUUCCAUGUCAAGUCCAAUUCGGAUUUUGUGUGGAGUUAACUUCAUCUAAAGUUCUUCAACCUGGUAAAGUUAGUGGAACUGACAAAUGUGGAUUUAAUAACUUGUUGAAUGAACUCCGUACUUUUAGUCAAAUUAACAGAUUAUUUUUAGUUGUGCUAACAAAUCUACUCAAGUUGUGUAGAGGACAAGUAUUUGCUAGUCUGAAAAACUAAACAAAGUUUUUUCAACUUACCAAAGUUUGUUACCAGGCUGCCUUAAAAUGUUAAGUUGUGUCAACUUCCAGAACUGACUAAGUCUUUGAAAUGAUAUGAUAGAAAUUUCAGUGGGGAACAUUAUGCUCCCAUCUGUCUCUUGCUCAUGUGUGAGCUUUUUCGCCAGUUUUGAAAUUGACAGUAUACUCAACCAACCAACAGAUCACUUUACCUACAAUAGCAUUCUCAGUAACAGUAGGCAGGUUUCCAUUGACCCAGGUUUAUUAGACAAAAGCAAUGACGCAAAAAAAAAUAUUUGCAACAUAUGUAAAGGAAAUGGCAGAUUUCUUUUUUCGAACUGUAAAAAACAUUUUGACAAAUGUUGAUGGAAACUGUGUUUUCCGAAUAAAUGAUGAUUGACAAAUCAAUUUGAAGGUACGUGGGGCACGUGAUAUCACCGCAUAACUAUAAAGCGCCACUCCACAUUUCAUUCUAAAUACCUACUGCUUGCAAGAAAAAGUUUUACUAUAAAAAAAUAAUGUUUCUUUGCAGGACAAGGAUUGUCCUGACUUUCAAGAAUACCUGAAUUGCUUCACCUUGCUUUUCUGGUUGGCUGGCAAGUUUCACCAUCCAAUUAUUUUAGAUCUAUAGGAGUAGGACGGAUCGUGGCGGUACAUUUACAUUACAUUUUAGUCAUUUAGCAGACGCUCUUAUCCAGAGCGACUUACAGUUAGUGAGUGCAUUUAUUAUUAUUAUUAUUUUUAUUUUUUUCAUACUGGCCCCCCGUGGGAAACGAACCCACAACCCUGGCGUUGCAAACGCCAUGCUCUACCAACUGAGCUACAUCCCUGCCGGCCAUUCCCUCCCCUACACUGGACGACGCUGGGCCAAUUGUGCGCCGCCCCACAUGAGCACAUGGCACAUGAGAAUUAUUAGAAUAUGUAUUAGUGGAUUUAUACAACGGGUGGGUCUAAUCCUGAAUGCUGAUUGGUUAAAACCGCAUUCCAGCCGGUGUCUAUUCCACAAAUUACCACCGGCUAAAUCUAUGACGUUAAAAUGCCCAUUUACUCUGUUCCAUCUGACUGCGCAAUCCGCUCUCUCAUCAACCCAGCCAGGCACUUUAUAAACUUGAUCUCCACUGUAAAAAGCAUUCAGAAAUUAUCUCAAAUUUGUUUUAGACUAACAUUUAGUUUUCAACAGCGGAGAUUUGUAUAAACCUUGCUGUCUGUCUCUGACAUUUGCAACAUUGUUUCAUUAGAGAACACAUUUUCUUUGCCAGGCGAAAUUACCCCUCAUUAGUUCAUUGUUAUGGAUGUUUUCAAAUAAAUGUCAAUAGAAAACAGCUUAAACAAAUGCAAAUGCAGCUACUGUUGUUAUUCUGGCUGCACUGUCUAACGUGACUAAGUUAGCCGUAGUUGGCUAGCUAGCGAGCUAUUUUCUAUGUGAACUUUCUAAAUGUCGACAAAUAAAUCACUGGGCAAGUUAAUGGAAACAAAGCUACUGACAGAAACGUUUUACUUGUUCCUUUUUACAUGUGGUUGUUUAUCUACCUAUGUUGAAUGCACUAACUGAAGUCGCUCUGGAUAAAAGCGUCUGCUAAAUGUCCAUUUUUGUUAUAUAAAACGCACAGUUGCAAAGUAUGCUGGGUAUUAUUAUAAUGAGCCCCGCCCCCCCCCAAAAAAAAUAAUAAUAAUUUAAGUCCUCUGAACUUGACAUUUUCAGUCAACACUACUGUUAUGUUGCUUCCGUUGAUUUGACUUCAUGGUUGUGAAUUUCUAAGUUGAGUAAAUAUUGUUUUUUGCUAACUCAAUUAGAUUUAAUACGUUUUGACAUUUUGAAGACAUUUAUUGUCAACUCAACACAUUAUUCAAAUGUAUUUUACUUGGCUAGACAAAACUAGUCAUUUUGACUGAAUCUCAAUAUCUUUUUUUUACAUUCUUCCUUCCCCCCUCUGUUUUUCUCACAUUCUCCUCUACCUUCCUGCUUUUUCUCACAUUCCUUCACAUGCCUCACCCCCCCCCCAGUGUAUAAGUGGAUUCACUGGGAGCUGAGGGGUAAUGUCCUGCUCCAGUACCUGGCCUGGGUCAGCUAUCCCAUGGUGCUCAUCAUGUUCGCCUCCAUCUUCUGCCACCUGGUCGCCCCGCAAGCCAUCGGUGUGUACGUGCUCACGCGCUCAAUGCUUACUGCUUCCUUUCCCCAUCACCCGCCACCCCUAAUGAUCUGUUACCCGCAAUCUGUUAUCCAUUGAUCUUCUCCCCUCUCUGCAUGUGUACCUACCUAGCCCUGGCCUCACACACUGAUGUCCUCACUGUCUAUCUAGAGUUAUGACCCUUUCUUGUUGUUGAGUCAACAUAUCUUUUGUUUUCCUGUAAAACAACAAUUGUGUAAUUCUUUCUCUUCCCUGACCUCUUUUCACCUCCCCACCCUGUCUGUCUCUCUGUCUCUCUGUCUCUCUCUCUCUCUCUCUCUCUCUCUCUCUCUCAGGCUCUGGUAUUCCUGAGCUGAAGACCAUUCUCAGAGGGGUAGUGCUGAAGGAGUAUCUGACUCUCAAGGCUUUUGCUGCCAAAGUCAUUGGUCUGACUGCAGGUCUGGGCAGUGGGAUGCCAGUGGGGAAAGAGGUGGGUUACACUCACUCACAUCAGAUUCCCUGAUUACAGCUAUCUAAAAAAAGACUACAAGUUUUCUUGUUUCUGCCCCCUUUUCUAUUUUGCUUCCCAAGGGCCCAUUUGUUCAUAUAGCCAGCAUCUGUGCUGCUGUACUGAGCAAGUGUAUGACAUUCUUCUCAGGAGUCCAUCAGGUUAGCAUUUACCUGACCAGCAUUGAAAAUAACAAGGACAUUACAGUUUUGUCGGAUCACUUUGCAUUAUGCUUUUAGGCGUUUUUCAUUUACUUUCUCUUUUCCUCCCUUACUUGUAUGGGAUCCUCUUAUCCCUUUCCCUCUAUCUGUCUGUCCCUUCCUCUCACUCUCUUCCUCUCCCCUCCUCUCUCUACCUUACCUCUCUGUCACCCUCGCUCUGUGUGCCAGUAGAGCCCAUACUGCUACACAGACAUCCUCACAGUUGGCUGUGCAGUUGGGGUGGGCUGCUGUUUCGGUACCCCUCUUGGAGGUACAACAUUAUUUUCCUUUUCCUCCUCUCUAUUCACAUUCCAUUCAUCUAGAAUAAAGCAAGCUACAAAAUCAGCUGAAACAAUUGUCGUGUCUGAAAGUCAAUAUAGGCAUAGUGCUGAAAUCGCCUCAGUUAGAUGUAUUUGUGACAGGUCAUCAUAACAACAAGCCUUCAGUGUACAGUAAAUAUGCAAUCUAGCCUUUGACUACAUGCCACAUUUUAUAAUAUAAUAUCUGAAUGAUAUUUUACUUGUCUUUCUUUGAUCCUGUUGUGUCCACCAGGGGUGCUGUUCAGCAUAGAGGUGACUUCCACUUACUUUGCUGUGAGGAACUACUGGAGAGGUUAUUUUGCUGCCACCUUCAGUGCCUUCAUCUUCAGAGUGCUCUCUGUGUUCAACAAAGAUGCAGGUGGGUUAAUGUACUAUGACAUCACUAUGGGAUGCAAGCUUUUUGGUAAACACAUAACACUUUGUGACGUCUGUCUACAAACAUGUUUGGCUAGAGGGCACCCUUUCCCAUAGAACCAUAUCUGUGAAACUAUAUAGGCCUAUUCAGGUAUGAUAAUGAAAGCAGAAAUUCUGCUAGGUGGUGCCCUCUGGUUUCCUCUAUGAUGUAUAGUAUGCAUGUAUAAAUUCUAAGACUCUCUCUGUCUCUCUAUUUACCUCUUCCCCCUGUCCUCUCAUCCACUAUAGUCACCAUCACUGCUCUCUUCCGCACCAAGUUCCGCAUGGAUUUCCCCUUUGACCUCCAGGAGCUGCCAGCAUUUGCCAUCAUCGGGUGAGAGAAAGGGUCAAGAGGGGGCCCCAGGAGCGUGGUGAGGGCACGGUGACCACACUGUGCGUAGUUCUUUGUCACAACCCAACAUGAAUGCAUAAUCUCAGUCUAUGUGCCAUAAAUCUCUUAUAUUGGUAGUUAUUAUAAGAACUGAGAUGCUGUGAAUGGUUUUUCUUGCUAGUGUUCUUGCUUCAGCUUCCUAGACUACAGAUCUAUCAAUAAAUAUAGGCUAGAUCAACACUAACUAAAUUAACAGCUGAAGCAAGCGCAUAUACACUGAGUGUACAAAACAUUAAGAACACAUGCUCUUUCCAUGACAUAGACUGACCAGGUGAAUCCAGGUGAAAACUAUGAUCCCUUAUUGAUGUCACCUGUUAAGUCCACUUCAAUUAGUGUUGAUAAAGGGGAGGAGACAGGUUAAAGAAGGAUUUUUAAGCCUUGAGACAAUUGAGACAUGGAUUAUGUAUGUGUGCCAUUCAGAGGGUGAAUGGGCAAUACGAAAGAUUUAAGUGCCUUUGAACGGAUUAUGGUAGUAGGUGCCAGGCGCACCGAUUUAUGUCAAGAACUUCAACACUGCUGGGUUUUUCAUGCUCAAGAAUGGUCCACCACCCUAAGGACAUCCAACCAACUUGACACAACUGUGGGAAGCAUUGAAGUCAACAUGGGCCAGCAUCCCUGUGGAACGCUUUUGACACCUUGUAGAGUCCAUUCCCCAAUUAAUUGAGGCUGUUCUGAGGGCAAGAGGGGGGAGGGGUGCGCAACUAAAUAUUAGAAAGGUGUUCUUAAUGUUUUGUACACUCAGUGUUUAUUCUUUAGAAAAUGUAAAUUUUUUGUUCUUAUUUGGACCUUGGGAGUGAGUGAGGUAAAGGUCCUGGUGGUUGUCUCUUCAGGAUCUCCUGCGGGUUCCUGGGGGCCUUCUUCGUCUGGCUGAACCGCCAGGUGGUGCUGUUCAUGAGGAAACCCAAUGCCAUGACACGCUUCCUCACCAGACAGUGAGUACCAGGGAUGGGGGAUGGAUUUUGAUGGGACACUUGAGGAAAAUGCACACCUGAAUUGGAGAGGAUCAGGCUAUGGACUUAGAUUGGAAUCUAAAUAGAAUAGAAUAUAAUUAUUCAUUGUCCUCCCCCAAAUAAAUUAUUGUUGCCGACUGGUAGAUUUUACAAAAACAAACAGAAAAUCAAACCAUCACCCAGACAUUGAUUGAUCCAUCUAUAAGCAGUCGGUGGUCUCUGAAAAAGAAACUAGUUACACACUCUCGCUCCAAUACAAAUGAAUGAUUUAGCAGCAACCAGUGCAGCUGCUUUUGUCAGAGCUGCACAUAGUUACACUGUAGAUGAUGGACGGGAGCACUGAAAUUAGGCCAACAGAGAGCAGGACGGGGUAAUUAUAUUGUCAGCUUUGAAAGUGUUAAAUUGGUGCUUGUUCUUAGGCCUGUCCUACUGGGAGACAGAGGGGGGUUAUCUUAUCUUAUAGGAGGAGAAGCAGGACAUUUUUGAAGAGGGUAUUGUGGCAUAGGUUGCAGUUAUAUUGAGAAGGUUAUACAGUGCCUUCAGAAAGUAUUCACACCCCUUGACUUUUUCCACAUUUUGUUGUUUUACAUAACGGGAUUAAAAUGGAUUUGUCAUUUUUUGUCAAAUAUCUACACGAAAUACUCUAAUGUCAAAUUGGAAGAAAAAAUCUUUUUUUUUUGUGGAAAAUAAAACACUAAUAUAUUUUGAUUAUAUUUUAUAAUUCUUCAAGCUCUGUCAAGUUGUUUGUUGAUUAUUGCUAGACAGCCAUUUAAAAGUCUUGCCAUAGAUUUUCAAGCCGAUUUAAGUCAUAACUGUAAAUAGGCCACUUAGGAACAUUCAAUGUCUUCUUGGUAAGUGAGUAAUUGUCCCGCUGAACGGUGGAUUUCUCUCCUAGUGUCUGUUGGAAAGUAGUCUGAACCAGGUUUUCCUUUAGGGCUUUGCCUGUGCUUAGCUCUAUUCCUUUUCUUUUUAUCCUAAAAAAACUAAAUUGCCGAUGACAAGCAUACCCAUAACAUGAUGCAGCCAAAACCAUGCUUGAAAAUAUUAAGAGUGGUACUCAGUGAUGUGUUGUGUUGGAUUUGCCCCAAACAUAAUGCUUUGUAUUCAGGACAAAAAGUUAAUUUCUUUACCAUAUUUUUUGCAGUAUUACUUUAGUGCUUUGUUGCAAACAGGAUGUACUGUAUGUUCUGGAAUAUUUGUAUUCUGUACAGGCUUCCUUAUUUUCACUAUGUAAUUUAGGUUAGUAUUGUGGAGUAACUACAAUGCUGUUGAUCCAUCCUCAGUUUUCUCCUAUCACAACUAUUUAACGCUGUAACUGGUUUAAAAUCACCAUUGGCUUUCCUACCUGUCAACUGAGUUAGGAAGGAGGCCUGUAUCUUUGUAGUGAUUCCAAAGUGUAAUUAAUAACUUCACCAUGCUCAAAGGGAUAUUCAAUAUCUGACUUGUUAAGCUAAUUUUUACUCCUGAAAUUAUUUAGGUUUGCCAUAACAGAGGUUGAAUACACAUACAAUCCGGCGUUGCAAGCGCCCUCUGCCAACUGAGCUACAGGGAUAUAGAGUUGAAACAUAGAGUUGAAAGAGAAUGGCUGUUUUUAAUCCUUAUUCUUUCACCAGCCGACUGAUUUUCCCUGGUGUUGUGACGUUAGUGAUAGCCACCUUGACCUUUCCCCCUGGAUUUGGACAAUUCAUGGCUGGAGAGGUCAGAUUUCAAAUUAAAUUUUGUUUGCCCAUUUUUGUGUUAUCUGUCACUAUGUUAAAAUGAAUAUACUCUGUAGAAGAUCCUAUUUAUCGGGAUGUGAAAACACGUAACACUUAUGAAUACGCAUAAAUGUUAUAUAGUGUUACGAAAAUUGUUAUGCGACUUAUUCUAUUCCCAAUCAUGAAAAACAUAACUGCAGAGACACAUUCAUAGGAUUAUCUAAAGAGUAUAACUGUUUACUUAAAUGUGUGAAUUGUUAGCGCUGUCAUUUCAACCCAAAACAUUUAUGUGAUGACGUUAAACUCAUUGGAUUUGAAAAGGCAGGUAAGGGCAUUUCGUAUUUUUUUCACCCAACUUUUAACCUAAAUUCUGGGAGUCGAAGCAAGUACAGGGAGUGAAUUUAAUAAUAAAUGAAACACGAGUAGCGUACAGACAUGAAACACAGGAACAGAAGCAAUAACGCCUGGGGAAUGAACCAAAGGGAGUAACAGAUAUUGAUAGGGGAGGUAAUCAGGAAGGUGAUGGAGUCCAGGUGAGUCUCAUGAGGCGCGUAACGAUGGUGACAGGUGUGCGUAAUAAUGAGCAGACUGGCGACCUCGAACGCCGGAGACAAAAUCCAAUGACAUGGUUGGCAUUUUUUUUUUAUUUCACAUUGAAUUCACGUUAGUUGACAACUCAACCAAAUGUACAUCAAAGCUAGACAUCGCACUAACGUCUGUGCACAGUGGCUGGCUACCAUUACCAGUAUGUUUCUGCUCUCAUGAGAAUUCCACAAGGAGUUACAUUUUACAUUUUAGUCAUUUAGCAGACGCUCUUAUCCAGAGCGACUUCCAAUUAGUGAGUGCAUACAUGGACUGGGUAGAAUCUAGAUGCUCAAUAUUAGCUGGAUAUUAAUUGAAGAAGCCUCUUUGCCCAGCCAUGCAGAAAUAAACCUAGGUUAAUCAUGUAUUUUGAGAAUGAAUGAGGUGUGUUUAAAGCAGCCAGAAAUAACUGUGUGGGUGGCAUCUUCACCCUCAAGCUACGAUGUUUAGCACCUUUUUAAGAUGGGACUUGUGCCCCAUUUCUACGGUGCUAAAAUGCAGAGGUAUUUCGAAAACCGACCAUUUUGCUCACAUUACAGUAUUCGCAUUUAUUUCAAAACCUCUCUUUUGGCAAUAUAUUGAAUAGGCCUAUGGGUUGACAUAUGUGAUGCACACAAAGCAAACUUCAUCUGCAGUAUUUUGAAUAAGUUCUGACUACAGUACAGUUGGUUUUGUCAAAAUAUCACUAUAUUUAUAUAUUUAAACUAUUCAUUACACGUUUUAAGUGGUUUUCAUUAAAACGUUUUAACAGUGUUUUUCAUUAAAACGUUUUAACAGCAUUUGCCAUUACUUUUCCCUCAUCCGUUCCCUUAUUUCAUGCCACAUAUAGCUGAUGCCCAGAGAAUGCAUAAACUCACUGUUUGACAACUUCACCUGGACCAAAAUCUGGGGUUCCCCCCAUCCCCCCGGCCUGGGGCGCUCCUCUGCCUGGCUGCACCCCGACGUCAGCGUCUUCGUCAUCCUCCUCCUCUUCUUCAUCAUGAAGGUAGCGCUCCUCAUUCACCUACUCCUUCUUUUUUUCCACACCGUAGCGUUUGUCAGUAUAGUCACACAUUGCACAUAGCGUCACUCAGUACAAUGACAGACUCCUGGCUGAGUCACUCAUCUAAGUAGAAUAAGAAUCUCCUAUAGAGAAGAACCCUGUAGUGGAGAUGUAAUCCUUAACACUGCAUCAGUAACACACUUUACAUAGUUGCCUAGAGAUUUCCACUGUGUGUACUAGAGGAUAAGAGUGUAAUACUGUGAGUGUUAGCAUCAGUAUGAUUAGCGUUUCCCAUUGAGAAUAAAUUGAUUUGUAUCUUGUCGCAAUGGUAUUAUAGGAUUGGAGAACUGUCAUUGAAUAGAGCAGUCGGGAAUGUAGUCUAUUAUGUGUAUUAAAGUCAAAUAAUUCCUCUACACUAUUGUGGAAGUACUAAGAUGCAUUAAUUCUGCUCAGUUACUAAUUGAAUUCCACCCAUGUCUCAGUUUUGGAUGUCUGCUGUUUCGACGACGAUGCCCAUCCCUUCUGGAGCCUUCAUGCCUGUGUUCAUACUCGGUAAACAGAAGCGCAACAUUAUAGUAUGUCAUUAGUCUUAAUAUGAACACAAAUUCCAUAUCAGUUUUAAAUAUUUAGUCUCAUGUAAAUUGACAUUAUCGUUCGGUGGUGAAAUAAUCUGAUAGAGCGUUCCAACAGUACAUGACUAUGGCAUAAAGCAUAAUGGGUAAUCAUGAAGUAGAGCAUUCUGGGUAGUUUUUAAUCAGUGUACCUUCAAGGAUGAGAUGUCAUAUAUAACCAAAGAGUGAAAAAUCAUUAGUGAGCCACAGAGGUAGAUGAGUGCUUAGGAGAAGGUCAAAUGAACAUUGAGUGGCGGAGGAGGGGGGAUAAAUGUCAGAUAGCCAACAUAAUAGCAACGUAAACAUGACAUUCCACCUCCCAUAUCCACCAUCAUCUCUUUCUUCCCAGGAGCCUCUUUCGGCCGACUGGUGGGGGAGAUCAUGGCUGCCCUCUUCCCCCACGGGAUUCUGUUUGAUGGAAUCUUGUACCGCAUCAUCCCAGGAGGGUACGCAGUCAUUGGUCAGUCUCCCUUUCCACCUCCUCCUCUCCGUCUCUGUCAGUGCCUGCCCGUCAUCACCCUAUUGUCCCUUUGAUGUGAUAGUAAAAUGUCACUGUCUGUUCUCUCUCCUGUCCUCCGCUGUCUCGGUGACCCAUAAACCUAUACGCUACCAUUCAUCUUCAUCUUCUCUCUCUCGCCCUACACACCCCCUUCCCCUCCUCUUUACCUCUGCUCCUUUUUUCCAUCCACCCAUCACCCCCACCCCCCCUUUCAUAUCUCCAUCUCCUGUGGAUCAUCCAUCCCUUCCACCUGAAAAUGACUUCUUUCUCCCCUUUUCUCUUUCUCUCCCUCCCCAUCCCUCUCUCCCUUCCUCUCUUCCAUUUCUCCCUCUCUCCCCCCUUUCCCUGCUCUUCUCCCGCCUCUCUCCCAGGAGCGGCGGCACUGACCGGGGCGGUGACCCACACGGUGUCCACGGCGGUGAUCUGCUUCGAGCUGACGGGCCAGAUCUCCCACAUCCUGCCCAUGAUGGUGGCGGUGAUCCUGGCCAACAUGGUGGCCCAGGGCCUGCAGCCCUCGCUCUACGACUCCAUCAUCCAGAUCAAGAAACUGCCUUACCUCCCUGAGCUGGGCUUUGGACACAUCAGGUGUGCAGAGAGAAGCUGCAACCGAGGUGACAUGUUGGCUCUGAGGGACCCAGUCGUAUUGAGGGUCCCAUGCGAAAACAAUGAGUUGUUUGAGUCAAUAUGGCCGCCUCAGCAUGCUUGAUUCUUCAACAUAGACACACCUGAAGUACACAAGUGUUGAGCAUGAUUGAAUGAUUGGCAUUUCCUUCUGACUUACAGCCAGUAUAACAUCUUUGUGGAGGACAUCAUGGUUAGGAAAGUGAAGUUUCUCUCGUUACAGUCCACCUACAGGGAGUUGAUACACCUCCUGGACUCCACUUCUCUCAAAACGAUACCACUAGUGGAUUCAACAGGUAAAAUGAAUGUAUUUUUCGUGAACGUGAGGAUAUAUUUCAGUGUCUUCGAAUCAUUUCUUGAGUGGUUCAUCAUGUGACUCUCUCUUCCCUGUAGAUUCUAUGAUCCUAUUAGGCUCUAUCGAGCGGUCAGAGCUUCACGCUCUCUGUGAUUGGUGGCUCUCUGCUGAGAGGCGGAUCCUUAGGCAGGAACAGCGUUUACAGGAGCAGAACCAGUAUGCCAAAGACAGCUGGGAAUCCUUUGCCUUUGUGGAUGAAGAUGAUGAGGAGAGUGGAGAUAAGGUUUGUCAGAGAGACCGAGGGUAAAUGUUCAAAAGGAGUCAAAAACAAACUCUUAGAAAAUCAAUCAAGUCAAAGUUUAUUGGUCGUGUACACAGAUAUGCAGAUGUUAUCGCAGGUGCAGCAAAAUAGGGUUCUAAAAGGGUUAUUCUACAGGGACUAGGUUCUACAUGGGUCUACAUGCAACUUUUUUAAUUCAAGAAGGUUCUUCGGAGGGUUCUAAAACGAUUAUUUGUUUGGUGACAAGGUUCUACCUGGAACCAAAAAGUGUUCUUCUAUAGGGACAAGCUGGAAAACCAUUACUGAAGCAUCAUGUGGCAAGGAACUUAUUGUAUUAUGUCAUUAUUCAAGCUGUGAAUGUGAUGAUUGACUGUUUUGUUAAAUUUCCCAGAGCACCCCAGUUCAGGAAGAGCGAAAUGGCCCCCUGCCAUCUCCUAAACCGCAGGAGCCCUCGUCCAAUCACACAGCUCCUGGUGAGUUGAACCAUCUCUGUGGAACAAUACUUCUAUGGGUGCCUGGCAACAGUCACCUAUUAUUAUACAGCUUAUUGCAUAAUCAUAUUAUUAUACAGCUUUGAAUUAUUUAGUUAUCAAUCUCAACAUCAAGACACCUUUGUAAAAUACUUUGACCCUCCUCCAUCACAUCUUUUAUCAUCUGUCCUUUUCAGACAAGGGCCCUCUUCAGUCGGUUAGGAGAACUCUACAGAAUAUCUUCUCCUCCCAAGACAGACAGGCAGAGGGACAGUCACAGGUAGUCUAUAACUGUGUGUGUACAGAAUGUCUGUGUCUGUUUCUGUGCAUGUGACUGUACGGUAGUGCUGAGUGAAUAACCAAAAUGUUGGUUAUUUUUCGGUUUUUAAACAAGUAAUUGAUCAACUUCAGUUAAAUUAUUAGAAUUUCAGUUAGUUCAGUUUUUUUCUGUGAGCUCAAUGCGCAUUUUCUCUAGAGAUAAAUCAGAUCAAGCCCGAACUGUGCGAUGUAGUAGGGAGUUGUAGUUUUCAACAGGCCAAUAUUCUGGUAAUUAACUACAAUGACCAUAAUCCAUUGUGCGCCUACUUGUCCGGUCCAUGUGGUAGAGAUGAGAUGAUGACUUGGAAUUCAAUAAUAAAGUCAUCAAAUAAAACAAAUGUAAUAUACACUGAUUAUACAAAACAUUAGGAACACAUGCUCUUUCCAUGACAGACUGACCAGGUGAAUCCAGGUGAAAGCUAUGAACCUUUAUUGAUGUCACCUGUUAAAUCCACUUCAAUCAGUGUAGAUGAAGGGGAGGAGACAGGUUAAAGAAGUAUUUUUAAGCAUUGAGACAAUUGAGACAUGGAUUGUGUAUGUGUGCCAUUCAGAGGGUGAAUGGGCAAGACAAAAUAUUUAAGUGCGUUUGAACGGGGUAUGGUAGUAGGUGCCAGGUGCAACGCUGCUGGAUUUUUCACACUCAACAAUCUCCUGUGUGUAUCAAGAAUGGUCCACCACCCAAAGGACAUCCAGCCAACAUGGCCCAGCAUCCCUGUGGAACGCUUCCGACACCUUGUAGAAUCCAUGCCCCAACGAAUUGAGGCUGUUCUGAGGGCAAAAGGGGAUGCAACUCAAUAUUAGGAAGGUGUUUCUAAUGUUUUGUACACUGUGUACACAACUGAAAUAUUUUAUUAAAGUAAUGUGAAUAAAGUGAUAAGCAGUAAUGGGCAGUCACUGCCAUCAUGGGACUUUUAUUAAUUGUUUUAUUCUGUGUCGUUACAGCAUACAACUCACAUAAUGCAUAGGGCAUUUAAUGUAAAAAAAAAUUAUCAUCAAAAUCGAAAACGUGAUAAUUUUUUCAUAAUCGAAUCAAAACUGAACCAACCUCAAAAAGCACUAAUCGCUCAGCACUACUGUACGCACACCAAUGUCUUCCUAACGAUCACUAAAGUAUUUCUGAAGUCAAAAAUUUAGCAGCAAAUAAAUGACUGGGGUAAUGAGCCGUUGAGAUGUAGAUAGUCUAUCCUUGGCAGUUAAAUUGAAAACCAGAUUUCAAGAUGGGAAAUAUAAAUAUUUAUCCAUUAUAUUUGCAUGGGAUGAAUCUUAUUACUGGGCUCUGCUCUUUAUGUAAACACACUUCUUUAUCUAAUUGAGUGUGACAAAUGAAUUCACAAAAAUUGCAAAUGGGUAUUGCUCCCUAGUCAAACAUAUUCCCUCUGAGUUCUCUCAUAUGAAAAUCAGCAUAUGAAAUAUGGUUAUUAUUUGCCUGGUAUGGCUGGAUGGCUUUUCAUAUUACAAAUGUAUACUGCAAAUAUGAAAAACAAUGUAUGUUAAUGAUACUAUUCAAUCUCCCUAUUCAUUGUUGAUCAUAAUAUUUUGCCACUCAUCAUAGUUUUACUACUGGAUAGCCCAGCCUUUGGAUUGAAUUGUACACCCCAAACUUGUUACUAUUUCAUUUUGAAAAGCCAAGUCCAUAACUAUUUUAUACUCAAGGAUGUGCUUGUAAGUAUGGGAAUUGAAUUGGAUUCAUACUAUUCCUGCUGCACAAAGUACUGUCUAUCUCUCUUUUCAGUCUUGAUUUGUCAAUUUUCCCACACAAGCCCAUCGUUGUUGUAGAGUCUUCUACUGGCUAGCACAGCCUUGGGGUUGAAUUGUACACCCUAAACUCAUUACUAUUUCAUUCUGAAAAGUUAAUAUUAUGUUUUACACAAACGCCUGGCUUAAAAAACCAACAAGAGUACAUCCAUGAACAUGCAGCCCACACAAAACCUGUUAUUCUUGACUCUGUAUUCAACCAAAUACGGUACAUAAUUCAAUAUAUUUUGAAGAGACAAAUAUUAGUAAUUGGUUUCAAGAACAGCGAUAAUCAGCUAGGUUAUGGGAUGCAGAAAAUGUGGGCAACAAAAAAUGUGUGCAUGACGUUAGUCAGGAAGUGUCUUAUCUUACCUCCCGCUAUUUUCUCUCUAUCUCAUCAGGAGCCUUGCGCCAACCCUCCCCUGUCCGAUACGAUGACACCAGAAGAGGUAACUGAUCUCAUUCAGGUCCACUUAAGUGCGGUCCCAAGAACUUUACAUCCCCUGGUGGCAGACCAAAUGAUUAGAGUAGGCUGCAUUGUACAUUUUCCAACACUUUUGACCUUGUCAAAAGAGUCUGGGCUAAUAUGUUGAAACCCUUAAGAGGGUUAAAAAGUGUCAACAACCCUAAAUCUCUUAUGGAGGCAGUUGACGUUGAAGGUUGCAUUUUAGAGUGUAUUUAGCCAAUUACAGUGUUGUGUUUCUUGACCUUGUGUCUUAUUGGCUGGUGCAGAUCAAAGAAUGGGAGGAGGCCGAGAUGGACAAGCCAAUGGAAAUUGAUCAGAUCCGAAUAGAUCCCUCCCCUUUCCAGCUGGUGGAGAGGACAUCACUACACAAGGUUGGUUGAAGUGCUGCCAAUUCAUACCAAUUUGGAGAUACAGUAUCUGACAUAAUGUCUAGACACAAGUGAAAUACAACCGAUAGUAGAUUUGCUCAGAACAGAAGCCAUAGCAGAAUGUUGAACCUAGAGCAGUUAAAAGUGGGGCCUAAUUUGACGUCUGACCUUUUCUGCCUGUCCCAGACCCACACUCUUUUUUCAUUACUGGGCCUGAGUCAUGCCUAUGUCACCAGUAUCGGAAAACUGGUGGGUGUUGUGGCACUUAAAGAGGUAAGAAAAUGACUUUUUUUUUUCUCAUUUUCGCUUUCUUUUAUCUCUCUCUCUAUUUCUACUCUACAGUAUUUCAUUCUCUUUUGCUUGUGACUGAACCUGACAAUUUAGUAAGGGUUGAGUCAUAUUGCCAUAUGAGUCUACUUAUCAUGCUAUUUUCAUGUAAUUCAAUGUUGUGUUCUUCUAAUGUUUCCCCUCUCUUUCCCUAUCCCUACAACCCCAUUCUCUCUUAGCUCCAAAAGGCCAUCGAGGGCUCUACGCGUAGCGGGGUCCGGCUACGUCCCCCCCUGGCCAGCUUCCGCAACAUCAGCCGAAAGUCAUCCAAGCCCCAGACAACCUCCGCCCCCUCCUCCCCUCUCUCCCCCGCUCCCGUCGUCCCCCACGCCCCUGCCCCACCACCACCUCCCCUGACACAGGAGGAGGAAGAGAUGGAGGUGUGGAUCGAGGGCACGAGGCGGGAGGUGGCGGAGGUGAUCAGCAGUAGUAGCAGCAGCGGAACGGGGAGCAGCAGUAGCAACAGUAGCCCUUCGCUACCCCACUCCUCGCCCCUCUCCAUCCCCCUCACCUCACCCCUCUCCAUGCCCCUCACCGCCUUCUCCACCCCCCUCACCGCCCUCCGGCCUGCCACAGAGCAGCAAGUGGAGGAGGAGGAGAGUGAUGAUGAGGAGCCCAUCUAG